AAUGAGUCACACUUCGCAGCGGAGAAUACUUGAAAAAACGCGGCCUUCUGUUCCUCUCUGGGUUGUACUUGUUGCGUCGCAGCUCUCCAGCAGUCAGGCAGAUCUGAGGGGGUUGUUUGAGAAUUCACUGCAGUUUUUGAAGUGUCUCCAGUUUCUGAAGCUGACUGCAUCAGCACUAUGCUUGCUUCAGCCCCUGACCUGUGGAGCUGCGUCCCAGAGGAAAUCCUCAUCCAAAUUUUCUACUAUCUUUCUCUUCGAGAUAGAUACACGGCCUUCCAGGUGUGCAAGCAGUGGGCUGGGGCUGUUUCCUCCAGUUCUGUUUGGCACUUCACAGAGAUCAGCUGUGACUCAGAGGAUGAGGAGGGCAUGCUGCAGAGCCUGUGCCAGUUCCUCAGCCAAAUCAAACACCUGAAGAUCAGGUUUGACCAAUCCAAAGAGGUCAACCGCAGGAACGUGACACGCAUCUUAGAUAUGCUGGCAAAGCAGAACCACAAGCUGCAGCAGCUGUGCAUUGCGUGCCACGGGGAGAACCCCUAUUUCUACUCUGGCCAGGACAUCCUGCGGAGCAUACGGAAUAUGUGCAACAUGAACAACCAGGUAGAUCUUCAGCAUGUUGAUUUUCGAAACAUGCCCUUUACUCUCGAUGGGCAGCUUGUUGAACUCCUGGCUACCACCAACCCAAACCUGCAAAGCUUGUUCAUCAACAACCGCACUCUGGUGUGCAAUGUGGCACCAGACACCAUUAGGAAAGUUCUCAGUGUGUGUCCCAAACUCUCAGCUUUGGGGGUUUACUAUGCCAGCUUGUCCAGUGAUGUAUUUCUGGAGCUGCUCAAGCCAGAAAGAGCAGCUUUCACCCAUUUAGACAUUUUCUGUGAGCGCCUGGAUAAAUAUAUACCAGUCAUCUCGGAAGAGCUGUGGGCUGCUGUCAGGCAAAAACAUCCUCGACUCUACGUAGACCUCGAAUUUGAUCAUACAGUCCCUGGAUGCACAAUACCACGGAUCCUAAAGCUGAGUAUACCUGUGAGCACACUGCAACUCAACACCUACAAUUACAUGGUAGAUCAGAUUAGGUUUGUCACCCAGAGCUACAGCAGCACUCUGAAGAAGCUGACGCUACAAACCACAUCCUCAGAAGACCUGAAUUCCUCACUAGUAGAGCUAGCUAAGCACUGCCAAAACCUGCUGGAGAUCCACUGCUACUGUGUGGUCAGCAGGGAGGUGGUGGAAGCGUUCCUCACACAUUGCCCCCAUCUGAAACAAUACACUCUGAAGGUCACCAAGGAGCGGCACCCCUGGAAGCCAGUGACAGUUCAGUGACCAGCUCACCUGUUCAGCACACCGAUUGUUCUCAAAUGCAAUAGAGCAAUGCCCAUACAAAGAAACAGAGAUGCCUAUUUUAAUUUUUUCUUUAUUGGAGUAGGGCGGACAAAUCUUUUCUUUGUGUUCUCUAUUUAGCAAUAGUGGGAUGCUAAUAGUGCCAUCUUCACCCUUUGUGCAGUUCUACAGGAAAUCACAGUGAAAUUUAAUUUUGAUGUAAUGUUUUAAGCAAACCUCAAAGUCAAACACACUGUGUCAGGCUCCCAGCAACUACUGGCUGGGCAGUUAAGGAAGUGACAGCUUCAGUGCAGGUGUUGUGUGUCCAUUGGGGUCCUUAGCCACAUGUGUUCAUCUAUAGCAACAGGCAGUGGUCAUCUGAUGGAAAAUGCACUCCAACCUUGAUAAUUUCUCUUCUGGCAUUUCUGUGAUGGUGAGCUCACAUUAGCAGGAGAAAAAAAUGCUUAAGAGCACUGAUAAGGUCAUAAGAAAAGGCACAGAGCCUGCAAGUAUCCUUUUCUGUCCUUUCUUUCUCAGAAAAGCACAUUUUCAGGUAUUUGAAUGCCUUUGGCAAAGACCUGUGCUUUCACUGCAUUGUUAAUGUUUCUUAGGAGAAUAAACAGUUUUUCGUGUCUCAGUCAGCAGCAAAUGGCAAAGGUAUUGGGCCUCUGAAUUAGGAUGAGUGUGUUGGUUGACUGUGCCAAGGAUUCUGAUGGACUGUGAUUUGAAGAGUAAUUUCGGAUUUGAAAUGGUCCUGGCCAAAAUUUCCCUUUGUAAUCAGCACAUAUAUAAAAAGGAUUUUAAGUAAUAACAAUAAAAGCAUGUUUUCUCGUGUG